AUGCUCCAGCGCCACGCCGCGGGCGCCGCGCCCGGCGCCGCCCGCCCACCCGUCCCCCCGCGCACCCGCAUGCUCACCCGGGCCGCAUCAUCGCCCCCCUCCUCCCUCCGAUCCGAUCAACCCGAUCCCCCCCCCACCCGGCGGCAGAUCAUUGAAUCGUCCGCCGCCGCCCUCGCGGGGUCGAUCGGCCUGGCGGCCGUGGGCGGCCCCGCGGCCGCCGACGACGCUGUCAAGCUGCCCAAGGGGUUCAAUCCCGUGAGGGAUCUGAACGACGGGUACCAGUUUUUGUACCCGUUCGGCUGGCAGGAGGUGGUGGUGGACGGGCAGGACGCGGUGUACAAGGACAUCAUAGAGCCCCUGGAGAGCGUCAGCGUGAGCGUGGUGGCCACGGACAAGGGCGACAUCACGGAUUUCGGGUCGGCGGAGGAAGUGGCGGAGACGCUGGUCAGCAAGGUGCUGUCCGGGCCACGCACCCCAGCCACACUCAAAGCCACCUCCCAGCGUGAGAUCGCGGGGCGCAACUACUACAGUUUUGAAUAUGACGUCAAUGGUGUUAACUAUGUGAGGAAGUCCCUUGCUGUGGUGGCGGUUGGGAAUGGACGAUUUUACACUCUGGCGACUGGCGCCAGUCAGAGGCGGUGGAGCAAGAUGGAGGACGCCCUGAAGACUGUGGUCAAGUCCUUCCAGCUGAUAGCCACGCGAGAACCACUCUGA